AUGGCGCGUGAGGCUAGGGAUAGAGUUAUGGGGCUGGGCAUAGUUAGUUGCUUGCUAUUGUGGCACACAAGGCAAGGGCUAGCGAUGGUAGUGUUGGCCUAUGGUACUAGGCAUAAGUGUGUGAGAGAGCCUAGCACUAGGCAUGGUCGGCCUAUUGCGCUGUACUUGGGCAUUGUGAGGGGCUAUAAGCAAGGGAGGCAUGCACGAGGGUUUGUUGCUAGGUUGGGUAUAGGGAGGCUUGGUUAUGGGCGAAAGGCUAUCAUAGGUAAGGGAGAGGGAGCUUACGAAAUGGAGAGUUUUCUUCUUAUUGCGAUCAGUUGGGUGCUUAAAGAUGAUGAAUGA